AUGUCCAGUAAGCGCAAAGAUCCUUGUAAGGCAAACGCAUGUAAAAUACAGGCCUGCUUAAGCGAAAAUCACUAUCAAGAGAGCAAGUGCUUGGAGGUCCUGGAACAAAUGCGUCUAUGUUGCUUAAAGUGGCAUAAGGAAUCAAAUUGUUGUUCAGGAAUAAUUUUAGAAAGAAGUUACCUCGUUGACAAGGACGAACAAAAGCAGAAGUCAUAA